GAAAUACCAAAAGCCUCGAUAGUUUCAUCAAAAUUUAUCCGAUUAAAAGAAGCAAGUUAUUUUCGAAAGAUACAUCAUCACGAACAUCGAUCCUGUCAUGAUGAUAGUAUUGUUAAAAUGGAUAAAAUUAAAGCC